AUGUCGACCUUUCCCUCGUGGAAAGACCGCUCGCAGAAUCAGUUUGGCAAGCUCCAGAUUCAGGUGCCAUGGAAAUCCUUUCAGAUGCUCGUGCCUCAUCGCAUGCGACGCAAGAUUCGCUCCAAAUUGCGCAGUCGUCUCUCACCCACCUCCUCCAUCUCCACCCUGCAGACCUCCUUUUCACCAGUCGACACGCUGCGAUCGUUGCAAUCGCAUCGAUGGACAUUGUAUGACUUUCAAUACUUGCUCCUGCUCAUUCUCGGCUUCUUCUCUUUGACCAUUAUCCAAUCUCCCGGUCCACUGGCAAAGACGGCGAUUGCGACUCUGCUACUCUGUUCCCUUUUGCUGCCCAUCACUAGGCAAUUUUUCCUGCCCUUUCUGCCCGUCGCUGGAUGGCUCAUCUUCUUCUACGCUUGCCAAUUCGUUCCCAGCGAUUGGCGCCCGGCGAUCUGGGUACGAGUGCUGCCUGCGUUGGAGAACAUUCUCUACGGAGCCAACAUCAGCAACAUUCUGUCUGCCCAUCAGAAUGUCGUGCUGGACGUGCUAGCAUGGAUUCCUUAUGGCCUCUGCCAUUAUGGAGCACCCUUCGUGGUUUCCAUUCUUCUCUUCAUCUUUGGCCCCCCCGGAACGACCCCCCUCUUUGCGCGGACUCUGGGAUACAUCAGUAUGUUUGCCGUCACCGUGCAGCUGGUCUUCCCGUGCUCUCCCCCCUGGUAUGAGAAUCUGUACGGGCUUGCUCCGGCCGAUUAUUCCAUGCAGGGCAACGCGGCUGGCUUGACUCGGAUCGACAAGCUUCUUGGAAUCGAUCUGUACACCUCGGGAUUCAAACAGUCUCCGGUCGUCUUCGGCGCCUUCCCCUCGCUUCAUGCUGCGGAUUCCACCUUGGCCGCGCUGUUCAUGAGUCACGUCUUCCCCCGAUUGAAGCCCCUGUGGGUCACCUACACUCUGUGGAUGUGGUGGGCCACGAUGUAUCUGUCUCACCACUACGCGGUGGACUUGGUCUGUGGUGGUCUGCUUGCCACCGUGGCUUUCUAUUUCGCCAAGACUCGAUUCCUUCCGCGUGUCCAGGCCGAUAAGACUUUCCGCUGGGAUUACGACUAUGUCGAGAUCGGCGAUGCCUCCCCUGAGUUCGGUUAUGAUCUCGCUAGUCUGGACGGUGAUUUCAACGGAGACAGUGAUGAGUGGACUGUGGGCUCUUCCUCGUCCGUGAGCUCCGGCAGCCUUAGUCCCGUGGAUGAUCACUAUUCUUGGGAAAGUGAGACUCUAACCUCAAAUCACGACCUUGAGGCUGGCCGUUAA